AUGUGUACAAAAUGUGAUCUUGGUUACUAUUUGGUCAGUGAUACAAAUGAAUGUGUGGCAAGUUGUGCUGAUAAAUACUAUGCGUAUGAAGGUACACAAACCAACCCCAAAAAGUGUAUUAAAUGUGAAAGAAAUUGCACUGUGUGUUCUGGAGAUAAAGUUGAAUAUUGUUCCAAGUGCGAACCAGGUUACUUUUUAUAUGAUGAAAAUGAACCACAGGGGUGUCAAAGUCAGUGUGAUGAUGGGUAUUAUGAAACCACAGAAAAUGGCACAGCCAAGUGCAAGAAGUGUUCUGUUAUCAACAACUGUUUAACAUGUGAAUCACAAACGCAAUGUACCAAAUGUGGAAACAACCAAUAUGUACAAGCAGAUGGUUCAUGUGGAGAUACUUGUCCAGAAAAACACAGAAAGGGUGAUGGGUAUUGUGAAGAAUGUCCACCACUUUGUAGUGAGUGUCAAGAAUCGGGCAAAAACAAGUGCGAUGUGAUUCAAACACUUUCAUUCUCGAAGACAAAACAUGUUCAAUGUCAUGUGGAGAUGGAUAUGGAGAAAUCAAGGACACAACUCCAAAUUGGACAUGCAAGAAAUGUGUUGAUAAUAACUGUAAAACGUGUGUAA